CAAAAUGGCAUUUGGUGUCGCACUGCGUUGUUUAUAAUUGCCAGUUGCUGAUCUUACAAAGAAAGAACAAUUUGAAUCCAUUUAAAGAAAUAUAAGAUAUAAACUUUGACUUGAGAUCGAGUGAACAAUGUUGGAGACGAAGAGCAUAGCUGCAUUGGCAUUCGAGGAGACGCCGCGCAAGCGCAAAAGGGAGACACUCUAUAAAAAUGCUCCCCCGCCCCCGAAUGCGCAGCAACAACCCCCAGAAAAGGACGCACAGGAUGCAGCUGUCGUCGCGUCGACGGAGUCCUGCUUCACCAACGCCGCCUUCAGUUCGACGCCCAAGAAGCUGAUGGUGGCCCGUCGCCGUUUGGCCAAGGAGAAUAGCCAUAUCAAUCCGUUUCCCGGCUUGGAGGUCAAGUCUAUAGCUGAUCUUGCCCAGCAGCAGCAGCCGAUGUCCACCAAUCCUUUCGAGGUCCUGCGCCAGCCGCCCAAGAAGAAGAAGCGCGAGCACGCCUGCUUCGAGAAUCCUGGCCUGAAUUUGGAGCUGCCCGAGAAGCAGUUCAAUCCAUAUGAGGUUGUCCGUUUGGCAGCCACGCCCGCCAAGGGCUUCGUGAAUCCUGGCCUGAAUUUGCGCGGCAGUGAUGCGCCAGCCUCGCUAAAUCCCUUCGAGAUCCAUCGGCCCAGCGAGGCGUCCGAGGCUGCCUGCAAUCCCGCAGGUGUGGCCAAUCCGGCACUGGAUGAGCAGCUGCCCACCAGCCUGAAGAUCGGCUUGCCAUUCACACCCACGCUUGGCUGUCGCAUCGAUUUUCACGGCAUGUCGCUGACGCAGCUAACGCCCAGCAAGUUGCUGGCCGAGAAGCUGGUCUUUUCACCCGUGCCCGUUCCCGUUGGCGUUGCAGCGCCCAAGAGAUCGCUGGGCGCCAUCAGCGAGGAGUCCUCGAUGGACAUUGGCAAGGAGCUGGAUCGCUAUCAACUGGAGCUGGAGAACAGCAUCAACGAGGCGAAGCUGAGAAAGAAUGGCGUGCUGCUGGAUAGGGAGGUGACCAGGCAUAGCUUGGAGGUGGAACUGCCCAAGAACACCAAGGUGUCCCACUCGCUGGUCAUGGAGACGGAGACCCAGGUGGUGAUGAACACACAGGUGGACACUCAAGUGGAGAGGCGUCUGGUUUGCACCAGAAGAAGCACACUUACCGAGAUCAGUGAGGCGCCCGAGGUGGAGGAGGUGGAGGAGGACAAGGAGGAGCUGCUCGAAAAAGAUCCCGAGGCCGAGGAGAUUCGCGAGCAGGAGAGGAUGCUAGAGCAAGAGAUGCUCUCAGAGAGGGAGAGACACUCAAAGAGGGAGCAGCAAUUGGAGCAGGAGAAACUGCUGGAGAGACAGAGACACUUGGAGCGCGAGAAGCUGCAGGAGAAGCUGCACGAGCAGCUGCGCGAAAAACUCCAGGAGAGAGCCAAGCAUCUGGAGCAGGAGAAGCUGGAGGAGGAGCGGCUGGAGAGGCAGCUGCAAGAGGAAGGGGAGCCAGUCGACGGCGAUGUGGCCUAUGCCUCCGAAUCCGACGACGAGCCCGACGAUCUGGACUUCAAGGCGCCCACGCGUUUCGUGCGCGCCUACAGACCCGCCGCUCUGCCCACCAAGGCGGCCAGCAAGGAGUCGCUCCACUCCAUCGCCUCCACCAAGUCCUCGAAAUCGGCGGAAGUCAAGCCCAGUGGCGGCAUGAAGGGCAUGAUUAGAAAGUCGAUCCGCAGACUGAUGCAUCCCACGGCGCACACGUCGCCCGAGAAAUGCGAGGACAAGGAUGGACAUGGCCAUGGACAAGGACCCCAUCACAACAUACUCAAUAGCAUACGGCAUAGUUUGCGACGCAGGCCACAGAAGGCAGCGGAGUUGGAGGAGCAGAUGGAGCCCGUGCUCGCCGAUGUCUCCAUCGUCGACACCAGCGAACGGACCAUGAAGCUGCGCUCGAGCGUCGCCCAAACGGAGUACAUGACCAUCGAGCAGCUGACCAACGAGAAGAAGCACUCCCUGCGGAACAGCAUCAGGCGGUCCACGCGGGACGUGCUGCGCCAUGUGUUCCACAAGAGCCACGAUGCCUACGCCACCGCCAAGUGAUGCCUCACAGCUGGCUCCACAGAUUCCACAGAUUGCGUCGAUUUAGAAGGGGUUUCAAGCUGAGCAUCUGAGGCAUUGUGGACACCCCUUUUUGGAAUCGAUCCAAGGCAUUGAGUUCUUUUGAAAUAGAUUUUUCAGCACCUUGAGUUAAGUUAAGUUUUGAAAUGCACCCAAAGAUUGUCACACAAGACCAGCAAACCGAAAGGAAACCUUUUUUCAUCUGAUAACCAAAUGCACUUUACAUCACCUAGUUUUAAUAUAUUCACUUUUUUUUCUCAAAUUUCGAAAGAAGCCAGCUGCAAAUUGUUUCGCACAGUGUUUAUAGUUUUAAGUACUUGAUGUUUGCACGUUUAUUCAUAUAUGUAUGU